UUUGCACAAUUUGCUGGACUUUAGUUUGAAAUCUGACUGGGGUCCAAUAGAUAUUAAGAGUGAAACAGAUCUUAAUGGCAGAUGGGAAAGGAUAAACCUACGCAACUGCUUGAAUUCUCCCACACCCAAGGUCAUAAUAAUAUUCUGGAAAUUGUAUAUUAUCCUGACUGCAGGAGCACCCUUUCUUAAAUAGCCAAGAUAUUACGAAGAUUCGGGCCUAAAGAACACAGCAAGAAAGCCUGAAGCCCACAAGUCUGAGGACUAAAAGCCCACCACAGCUGGGGAAGUUUUAACAAUGGCAGAGGGAGACAUCACAACAUUCAACCCCAUUGCAGAGUCCUUCAGUCUUCCAAUUGGCAACUACAAGAAACCAAAACUUCUGUACUGUAAUAAUGGAGGGUAUUUUUUGCGCAUCCUCCCAGAUGGGGUUGUGGAUGGAACAAGAGACAGAGAUGACCUUUACAUUACACUGAAGUUAAGCGCACAAAGCCAAGGGGAGGUGCAUAUCAAAAGCACAGAGACAGGGAGUUACUUAGCCAUGGACUCCAGCGGACAGUUGUAUGGAACUCUCACACCAAAUGAAGAAAGCCUGUUUCUGGAGACAUUAGAAGAGAAUCACUAUAACACAUACAAGUCAAAGAAGUAUGCAGAAAAUAACUGGUUUGUGGGGAUAAAGAAGAACGGGGCAAGCAAAAAGGGAUCAAGGACUCACUAUGGACAAAAAGCCAUCCUUUUUCUGCCGCUGCCAGCAUCACCUGACUAGGAAACUGGAGCCAAACGCAGGCAGAAUGACUGACAUUAUUCCACGUUCUUUGGGGUACAGGGGUGUAAAUCAUUUAAUUCCUCAGCUGUUUCUGAAUUAUAACUUCCAACAUUGGCAGGACCAGUAAUAGAGAUGUGGGGAUUGCAGGAAGGCUAGGCCCCAAGUCUAAGUAAUUUAGGGAUGUCUAAACCAUGAUCCCCCAGCUGCAGUUGAACUACGACUCCCAGUAACCUCUUCCUGCAACCUUUGGUUUGCAGAUGGAUGGCAGUUCAACAGCAGGAGGGCCACAUGUAAGACAUCCCCAACAUAUAUUAUAUUACAAUAUUAAAAAAUAUUGAACAGUCAUUAUAUAAUGUUAUACAUCCUUUGUGUUUUAUCAAUAUUUUUCUCCUCUCUCCCUUUAAUAUUUGAGGUCCCAGGACAACAGUCCUUCCUGCCCUAUCCUAAAACCAGCGUGUAAGAUAUGAAGGAAGCAAUAGUAGUAACUGCAACAGGUGGAGAACCACAUAUGCUUGCUGUAUACAGUAAUGUUAUGAUAUAAAGGGAAAGUUCACCUUUAAUAAGCUGACCUAUUAGAAUGAUCUUUAUUUCUAAAUGUUUUUAAAAAAAAUUGGCUUCCUAAAAUGAUAUCUGGUACCUGGGGGUAAUAAACAACCUAGAAAUAGAUUGUUUUUUUUUUUUGUUUACCCAUCUGUUGAGACUCUCACCUACUCACUUUCUUUCAAACCAAUGUCUGUUUGCUAGAAUAAGUAAAGCUGCCCAUACACAUACAAUAAAAUCAAACAAUUGUAGGUAUGUGCUAGAAUGUUCCCAACCAUUGUCCAUGUACAUGGAUAUAUGCCAUUUUGUUGAUUCGGAAGGGUUUAAAAUUUGAUCUGUCGGUGCAUUAUGUUGGCUAGUACAAGUGAAGGAGCAGUAGAUGAGAAAGUAAAGAUAAGCCAUAGCUCCUCUCCACUUCUUGCUGUUCUGAUCAUGUGGCCCAUUGGCCCUGGACAAUAGAUAGGUGGCCAUGACAUGCAUUAUCCCUCAUUUAGUAUUCAGCCAUUCAUUUCAUGGGUCAGAUAAAGUACAGGCAGACAUGUCAACUAAGCCCUAAUUAAAACCCCAUUCACCCAGUCACACAUAAACAUGCUGUCAGUAAUUUCCACCCAAAUCCUUACUUACCCACGCCCCUGAAAUACAUAGAAAGUUCACCCAAAAAUAUCUGAAGCAAAUUUGCAAGUCACACAGUCAGUGGGGCAAAACCCUAGGUCAGGGCAGGUUGAGGGCUUGGUAGGUGGAGCUAGACGCACCUGGAUUUGUUAUAUUCUGGAGUGGCAUCUAUAUACAGGAUCCAAGAAAAUGAAAGCCUCAGAUAAAAGACAGUAUUUUCAGAGAGACCUCACCUCCACCCAUACCACGCCAGUUUGUACUGCCAAAUCUGCUCCAUCCAAAAGCCAGAGUAGCACAGUAGUGCUGCUGGAUCUUCUCUUGUAAGUGAUUGCAGACAUGGAGCAUGCACAAUGGGAGCCAAGCCAUUAUCCAUCACAUACCCAUUCUAAGUGUUUGCAAUCACUUGCAGAAGAUUCAGUGGUGUGUGAUGGCACCCUUCAGUUACAUUUUAGGUGAAGCUCUUAUUCUCUUUAACACUAAUUUAAAGGUGAACUAUCCUUUCAGGACCAAAUCCAAUCCGACUGAUAGCGUUCCCUGGAAAACCACCAAUAACAGAGAAAUGCAUUUCAUCUACAUUGUAUUUAUAUUUAUAUUCAUUUAUAUUCAUGCACACAGAGUUGUUGUUGUUAUAUCUACUGAAUCAAUGCACCACGAAUGGCUUAUGCUUUGUGCACAUUUCAUAUGUUUAUUUAUAACUGAUGUACCAAUUCCUACUUUAAUGAAGUUGUAUUUAGGAAUCAGUACUCUUCAGGGUUUGGGUAUAGUAUGACCAUUCAUGGAUGCUGUUUGGGAGGAGAUAACACGAAACAGAUGUUUAUUCAAGUGAAUAUUCAGUUUUUUUGGUGUUUGCAUGUACAUAAAGAGAAAAUGCACCUUUUAUAAGAAGUAGGAAAUCACUGAAGCAUGGCUUGUGGAAAAGAUUAUUUCCUGGUACCAGCUUUCAAUAUAGGCGGCAUUUACAAACAACCCAGAUCUAAGUUGUACAGCACUAAAGGGUGCAAAAUCAAGCUCCUUUGUGCUUAUUUGCCCAGCAAUUGCAUUUGGGGUAUUAGUGCCUUGUGUUGGAUUAAGAAUUCAGGGCAAGAUGCAGACCAUGUUGGUGGAGUGCAAGUCAGCCCAGUACUUACCCCCUGCCAUAGCUGGCUUGCACCCAUCUAUUUCUCUUUCUAUCCUGCCUUACAAUUCAUAAAUGGCUCCUUGUAUCUCUCACAUCCAUGUUUUAUUUUCAUUCUACCUUCAGUAUUCUUCUCCUUCCUUCGUUGCUUGCCUGUUGCAAGUUUCCCCUGCUGCCCUUGGCUACUGGCUACUUUGCCACCACUGGUUACACUAAAAAUGAUUUUAGCCUUUUUCUUGUUCCUCCUCUGUUGGGUACUACUUUCUAGCAAGUGUUUGGAUGAUCCUCUGAUGACUUCUGAAUUCAGGGUUAAAGGGGUGGUUCCCUUUAACUUUACUUUAGUUUUUGUACGUUAUAAAAUGUACUAUUCGUAGCAGCUUUGCAAUUGGUGUUUAUUAGUCACAUCUUUGGCUAAAUUUGCAUUUUUUUUCUGCACUUUGCAGCUUUCAAAUGGGGGUCACUGAACCUGACGGCCAAAAAACUAUUGUUUUGUGAGGUUACCAUGUUAUUAUUAUUGUUGUUACAUUCAAUUCCUUGUUAUUUUAUUAAGUCCUCACUUAUUUAUAUUCCAGUCUCUAAUUCAAACCACUGCCUGGUUGCUAAUGUAAACCCUAGCAACCAAACAGCUGCUUAAAUUUCAAACUAGAGAACUUCUUAACAAAAAGCGAAAUAACUGAAAAACUACAAAAAAUAAAAAAUGAAAACUAGUUGCAAAUUGUCUCAGUAAUAUCAAUGUCUAUGGCAUACUAAAAGUUAAUUUAAAGGUGAACAACCCCUUUAAGCAUUUACCUUUGUUUGCUAUGAUUAUUGUUACUAUAAUAAUAUUUUUUAAAAUUGUUUCUGACAUAUUAGCAGUUUUAAUUUGUUACUACUGGGCAUUCGCACCAAAUUUCUGCAUUUCGCCAUUGGUAAAUCGUUUCGCGUAACUUCCAUAAAAAUUUGGUGCAGAAAAAUUUGGCGCAUGUAAGAAAAUUUAGUUGCGUGUCAAAUUGGGUGCGGUCACAUCAAAAUUGGGCAUGGUCGUGGGUGCGGGUGACCAAGCGUGAAUUUUCUCAAAUUUUCUUGCCGUUGCCGAAACAGACAGAUUUGCUCAUCACUACUGAACAGUUCUCUCAUCAGCAAUCCUAAGGUCACCUGACUAUGCAGUUCUACUAGUGUAUAGACAGUUGGAAUUGUUGGCACUUCGACUUUUAAAGAGAAUUAUUGAGCCACAAGUGCAUAGUAGAGAAGCAGCUGUUUAUGCAGGAUAUAAGGACAGAGGGGUUUGGGAAUAGAUACAGAAUUUGAGUUUAUGGAGGAGAUAGAUCCUGUAGAAUGAAAAUCAGUUUGGUAGGAGUGAAGGUAAAUAUA